AUGACUGCUUUCCUCGAUCAAAUCAUCUCCAAACUUGGUCUUUACUUAAUUUUCACGGCUACACUCCAACAUCUCAUCCCACUAGCCAGUUUCCAACGAAAUACGGCAGUCACAGCCUCAUUCACACCCGACUUCAACGCAUGGCUCGUGCAAAAAUUCGGUGACGACGUUCAAGCAACCCUGAACAGGGAGGAUCUCGGGGAUGCCGGCUCGUUCGGGGGCAAAUCCUCUGCCGGGGAACGUCUACAGAGGCAACCGGUCGUGUUCGUACAUGGGGUGUCGGAUCGCGCCCACGAUAAACCCAUAGCCGCAGCCAGAUACUUCAAGGAACAUGGCUAUGAAUGGAGUGAGCUAUAUGGCACGACCUACGCGAACGGGGCCCAAGGAAAUCCCCUACAAUGGCUCCAUUACGCGAUGUAUUGUUCUUACGUUAAACAGGUUCGCGCCUUGAUAGUAGCGGUUCGUCUAUAUACGGGUCGAGCCGUCGAUGUGGUGGCCUAUUCGCUUGGGGUACCGAUUAGCCGUAAGGCUAUUCUGGGAGGCAAAUGUGUGGACACCGGGGAGGAUCUGGGCAAUCCACUGACGCGUUUCGUCGACACGUUCGUAAGUGUAGCCGGUCCAAAUCAAGGAAUAGCACUCCAGGUCGGUGGUUUGAGUCUGCCCGGAUGUGUGUUUAGCGUGUUGCCGAUUUGCAACGUACAAACAGGACUCUACUCAGGUGUUUGCCCUACGAAAAGCGAAUUCUUGGAGGACAUUAAUGCAGUGGAAAAAUACGAAGCAAAGCAUGUGUUCGCCAUCUAUAGCAAGGCGGAUCAACUUGUUGGCUACACCGUAUGCAAUAACGUCACCACAAAAGUACCCGGACAAAUGGGUGAAAAAGUCUACGAGGACAAGAAUCACGACGAUACCUUCUAUCACUCCUAUGAGACCAUGCGGCAGAUGGUACUCGACCACGUGGUUGCUUAG